AUGGCUUCGUCACCUUUCUCCGACAUUAUCCUGCCGGUCAAUACUGUAAAUUCAAGAAAGCUCUUCGGAGGCUACAGAAUAACACCAGCAUACUGCAAAGCCAGUCGUGCAGCCAAAUUCAACAGAGGCAACACAAUAUGCAUGUUCAACCAUGAGUGUGUCCAGCGAGGGGGCGAAGUGGUCGGAGCCUGUAUGGAUGGGUUCCUCUUCGGAGCCUGCUGUCAACUUCGAAGUGACAGCCAAAGCCACAUCCCUAAAGGUCCAGGAGUCGUCAUGACGAGUUAUCUCGACUACCCUGACCCAGAAACCGAGACUGACGACUAUGAUGGGGAGAACCUUAGCGCCUGGCACAACAGCUUCAAGCCGAUCGUCACUCCUGGUUACCGACCUGACAAGCCACAAGCCAGUACUGAGAAAGCAGUAGAACAGAACUUGAGUACAGAAGGCGUACAAGCCGAAAUAAUCUCUGAAGGCUUAAGUCAAAUCACAAAUUCGCUAUUACAAUCACCACCGAAGGAUGAUAGCUUUGUCUACAUCAAACCGGUUAAGACUGAAAAUGUUUACACACAUAGUACUAUAGACCAUAACGUAGCUGAUACAAUACUGAUGCACAAAAACGGAUCAGCAGUAGAUAAUGUAGCAAGACCGUCAGAUUUUAACAUACAAAUAUCUUCGAUGCAGACCAAACCCACAGCAGCACCGGUGACUACAACAUCAUCCCCACCUAAAACUGUUUCCACUCAUCGGCCUGUUUAUACAAAACCGAUAUUCAAACCGAAACCUACAAAUAAAACUAGCACCAAAAACCCUUCGACGGAAGGUUACGUUAUGGUGUCAACAGUAACAAAAGAAACUCAAAAGGUCACUGAACUGUCGUCUAUAAACAGUAUUAUACAAAUGCUGAAUGAAUCCACUCCAAGUUUGAAAGAUGAAGUGACGUCACCAGCCACUGACGUCAUGGAAACGAAGUCUUCGCCAACACCUGCAGCGACUGUCGCCCCUGUCUCUUACAGCAGUGGUUAUCCUACUUACAUUUCCACUGGGCAUUACGUCACCCUAAAACCCUACCAAAGCAGCACAUACACCAGUGCUAUUAAAUACCCUAACAAGAAACCGACUUUCACUACGAAAUUACCUUCGCAUUCUACCAACAGUAUUCAAGACAAUCCAACUAAACCAUAUGUAACUUCUAAGCCUAGUCAAUAUACUAGUCAAGCUAUUGAUGCUUUUAGCAGAUAUCCUACGGACCCUAACGACUUCGGAGAUUCAGUCACCACCUUCAGUUACGUCAGCUCUACUACUACUAGAAAACCUCCUACUACUACUUCUAGAAGACCGCCUUCUACAAGCUACGUGACAGGAGCCAAGCCUUCUAGAAGGCCUAUUACUUCUGACUCCACUCCUAUUCCUACCUACGAUGUUGCACCAGAUUCAUUCUCAAGCGUGACUCCAACUGUGAUCGUCCUCAAUGGGUUCCAAACAACUAAGCCAACAGAAGAGCCACAGUUCGUUGAAAUAUCUCAAGAACCUUUUAAGAAGCCAGUCAGCCAAAUCACGGUCAAUACCCAUAUUGAAUCUACUAACAACAUUUUCAUGAAUAAACCUCCGACUAGUUACGAUAGACCGUCGUCUCCAACUGUCCUUAUCACUCCAAAACCAUCUCCAAAUACGACUCCAUACCCGAUUAAAGUAAGUGCAUCAACAUCAUCGACAAGGCCUGUCUACACUACAAUUUCAAGUCCAAGUUUCGAUUCAUAUACCGAAUACUAUUCGUCUACGACAUUCAAACCUGAGCUGCAGACAUCGCCAGACGACCUGAUAAACUUCCCACCAGUACGAAACCCGAUGCUGAAUGCUACAGGAUCUAAUAUAGGUCUUUACAACACAAGCGUUGCUAUAUCAGACUUGAACGAAAUUGACCCCCUACACGACAUAGAAUUCACAACACCAACUUGGCAGGAAGAUGAGAAACUAAAUGAAAAGAUGAAUUUGUUCGUUAACAAAAUCGUUGGAAGCCUACAAGGGACCUUCCAAGAACUUCACGAUAUAGUCAUAUUGGAUAAGAAACCUAAUGCGACUAUAAUCAAAGAUACGAAAACGACUACACAAAAGCCGAAGAGGACGCCGGCGACUACGAGAAGACCGGCCACGACUACAAAGAGACCGCUUAGGACGACUACAACUAGAAGGCCGACAGUCAAGACGACGAAGAAACCGACUAGAGUAACAACGCCAGCCAGGAAACCCACCACCACUACCGCGCCGCCGACUACGACCACCAAAAAAUCUGUGACGACCACGAAGAAGCCCAAGCCGACCAGGAAAGUGACCACGACCACGGUCGCCGCGACCACGGCCACCGAGCUCGCUGACGAGGUCACCACGGAAGCCUACACCGACCAGACCAUCGAUUAUAAUGAUAAAAAUUUGUGCGGCGUCCGGCCACUAGUGAAGUCUGGCCGCAUCGUUGGAGGCAAGAACGCCAAGUUUGGCCAGUGGCCCUGGCAGGUGCUGGUCAGGGAGUCCACUUGGCUGGGGCUCUUCACCAAAAACAAGUGUGGCGGUGUCCUCAUUACCAGCAGAUUUGUUACCACCGCUGCGCAUUGUCAACCAGGGUUCCUGGCUUCGCUGGUAGCAGUGUUUGGUGAGAACGACAUUUCAGGCGACCUGGAGCCGAAGCGGCCGGUGUCCCGCAACGUUCGACGAGUGAUCGUCCACCGCCAGUACGACGCAGCUACCUUCGAGAAUGAUCUUGCUCUGCUCGAGUUGGAGUCGCCUAUUAAGUUUGAUGCUCAUAUUGUGCCAAUCUGUAUGCCUCCUGAUGAGUCUGACUUCACGGGGCGCAUGGCCACCGUAACAGGCUGGGGACGACUGAAGUAUGGUGGCGGCGUACCAGCUGUCUUACAGGAAGUUCAGGUGCCUGUGAUAGAGAACAGCGCGUGCCAGGAGAUGUUCCAGACGGCUGGCCACUCCAAGAAGAUCCUCAGCUCCUUCAUCUGCGCAGGAUACGCCAACGGGCAGAAGGACUCUUGUGAAGGCGACAGCGGUGGUCCCCUGGUCCUGCAGCGUGAGGACGGUCGCUGGCAACUAGUUGGCACAGUCUCCCAUGGCAUCAAGUGCGCGGCCCCCUUCCUGCCCGGCGUUUACAUGCGCACUACCUUCUAUAAACCCUGGCUCAAGAGUAUUACUGGAGUACACUGA